CUACGACAACCACUUGAGCCCCCCGGAAUCAACUACCACACACCCUCACGCGUAAACAGCUCGAACCGCCACAUAAUAUUAUUUCACGAAGCGGCUGAUUGGUAUUUCUCGAUCCAGAGCGGGAUAUGGGCGCCAAAGCGGCUGCGGGAUAUCGAGGUCGAACUGCAACAUUGUCACCCUCGCCGCAGCAAUGAUUGUGAGGGAAAGCCCCAAAUCCGGAGCGAAGAAACAACCGCAAAGUUGGCCUCCCAAGUCUCCGCAUGAAGCCCUUCUCAGUUCACCCUCUGGACGACGAAAAUAUGAGCAACGACGGGGCCGCGACUCGGUUUCGCCUUCCCCUGCCAAGCGCCGACCAAUAAAGUCAACGGAUAAUUCAAAUGAAGACGAAGACGAAGAUGAAGAAGAAUUAGAGUUGCAACUUCGGGCCAUCGAGACUCGAUUGAAGCUCAAGAAGCUCCAAAAGGCGCGGCAGGCGGUAGAUGGUGAAUCUGAUCAAGCCCGGAGUGCUUCGCGGCCAGGUUCGACGACGGCAGCACGCAAGGUCGAGCUUCCUCGCCAAAAUUCCGAAGUUCAGGUUCCUGUCUCACCCAUACGGAAGGCCAGAGAGCCCGCGGAGCAGAAGAGCCCAGCAAGAGUUUUGUUAGGUAUUGAUAAAGGCCUCCGCGCACAAGAUGUCAGUUUGAAGCGGGCGCCUAGUCAAUCUGUAAGAGACAGAGGAGCUAGCACCACCCAUUCUCUUUCCAGGACCGGCGCAUCAAGAUCCGUGGAAACACCACGGAUCAAGUCCUUCAGCGAGCGACUUGCGGAGAGCAGAAACAAUGUGAAAGAGAAAGAGGAAAAGCAAUCGAGAAUUGAGAAAAGUAGGAGUACCGGCUUUGGCUUGAAAGAUCUACAACGCGAUGCAUCAUCUUCUCGAACAAGCUCUUCGCUGUCAACUACAAGAAGCGCCCAAGAUCCUCCCCCCUCUGCAAGAAAGGAAGAGCAUACCCAGCGAAAAACUUUUACCGAUUUUAGGAAUACAUCGGGAACACCGCGAUCCUCUUCUACGCUGUCCUCGCGGCCAGGAAGUCAGCUAGACUCUCGUACUCCGUCACGGGCUUCAACCCCCCAACCUGCGACAGUACGGCCACUCCAAACAUCCAAAACAGCAUCCAAAUAUGCUGAAAUCUCGGAGCGCGAUAAUUCUACUGAAGCCAGUAGCUUUGAAUCCUUUUCUGGACUCCACCUCAAGAACCGAACGAUGCCACACAAUACCUUAGCGCGCGCUUUAGAUGAUAAAGCGAUCUUCACCAUUCCACAGUUACUCAAAACUGUCAAAGCACCAGAAUACGAACCACCAGAUAUGGAAACCGAUUACGUUGUGAUUGGAGUCAUUGCCUCAAAGUCCUCUCCUCUAACGCCAAAAAAUGGCCGAGACCAGCAGUCAGUCGGCAAUCAAGACAACAACGUCAAUCAGAGCGGCAAAUUCAUGGUGAUUCGGCUCACGGAUCUAAAGUGGGAACUCGAUCUAUUCCUGUUCGACACAGGCUUCUCUCAAUUCUGGAAGCUACCCACCGGCACGCUGGUCGCGGUGCUGAACCCGGACAUCAUGCCUCCUCGUCAGCGUGAUACUGGCAAAUUUUCACUCAAGCUUGCUAGCUCUGACGACACUAUCAUCGAGAUUGGCACAGCUCGUGAUCUGGACUAUUGUCAUGCACAACGGAAAGAUGGUAACAUGUGUGGACAAUGGAUCGAUGGAAGGAAGACAGAAUAUUGCGAAUACCACAUCGAGCUGCACGUUGAAAAGAGCAAACGAGGACGUAUGGAGGUCAACACAAUGACGGGGUUCGGCAAAGGACCAGGCGGGGGAGGUGGCGGGAAAUUUGGGAUGUUCGGAGGAGGUGGAAGGGGUGGUGGUCUAAAGAGUGACGAGUUGAAGAGGGAAGGAAGAUAUCAUGAUCGGACUAUCCACGAAACAGUAUACAUUGCCCCCAGCACCGGUGCAGCAGCAAGACUGCUGGAUGAUGAAGAUACAGGAUUUGAGCGCGGGGCCAGCCGUGCAGAGAAACAUCGGAGGCAACUCGCUGAGAAGGAAAAGGAGCGUGAACUUGCGAAGAGACUUGGUCAGAUUGGCAGAGGAGCAGGUAGUGAUUACAUGAAGAUCAAAGGCGCCGACACACCUAACUUGCCGGCACGAGGGGAUAUCCACUGGAACGAACCUUCGACUGCCGCGAAAGACACAGCAGCUUCUUCGGGCGAUCCUUUCGGUCUGCUGAACCGCAAGGCGGACGAUGUCUCUUUAGCGCCUGUUAAGCGCAAGCGCAUCGUAUCUACAAAGUCUACUGCUUCCAAUGGACCGGUUGGAUGGGGAGGCGCUUUCAAGCGAGGGAUAUUAUUGCCCCCUGAAAAGGAAUCCGAUCAGUCCCUUCGAAGCACCCGAGAAUCCAGUCCCGCGAAAAAACGUGCUCGUCUUCUUCUUCCUGAGAAAGGCAUCCGGGAGCCUGGCCGAGACAGUUUGGGCACAAUGGAUGUUGGACUUCUGGCUGCUAUGGACGAUGACGACGAUGAUUUGGAUAUUGUUUGACAACCUUUUCUUCUUACGAGUAUUAUAUCCCCCUACUUGCGUUUUGGGUAGCAUGUAAGCUAGGCGUUAUGCACUCCAAUGCUGUGAUUGGCUAGUGAAAACUCGGAAAGGCAUAAGCGAAGUUCACUUUUACUUGUACUUCCAAUCCAAAAGACCUUUUCAUUGUAGCUUU